GAUGCACUGGCCUGGAAGAGCUUCUUGGAAUUGACCCUUCCUUUGAGCAGUUUGAAGCACCGUUAUUCAGCCAGUUAGCAAAAACCUUGGAGCGCAGCGUUCAGACCAAAGCGGUGAACAAGCAGCUGGACGAAAACAUUUCCUUAUUUCUCAUUCACCUGUCCCCUUAUUUCCUGCUCAAACCGGCACAGAAGUGUCUGGAGUGGCUGAUUCACAGGUUCCAUAUCCAUCUUUAUAAUCAGGACAGCCUCAUUGCCUGUGUUCUGCCCUAUCACGAGACAAGGACGUUCGUGCGGGUCGUACAGCUCCUGAGCAUCAGUAAUUCAAAGCACAGAUGGUCCUGGUUGUUGCCAGUUAAGCAAUCCGGAGUGCCCUUAGCCAAAGGCACUUUGAUCACUCACUGCCACAAAGACCUCGGGUUCAUGGACUUCAUCUGUGCUUGGGUGACACAGUCUGUCAAGGUUUUUGCUGAAUGUCAGGGAGGCUCCGCUCAGUUAAGGGUGCUCCUGGCCUUUUAUGCCUCAACCAUCGUGUCUGCCCUGGUGGCCGCUGAAGACAUAUCGGACAACGUCGUCGCCAAGUUGUUCCCGUAUAUCCAGAAGGGAUUGAAAUCGUCUUUACCAGAUUACAGAGCUGCGACAUACAUGAUAAUAUGUCAGAUUGCUGUGAAAGUGACGAUGGAGGAGACCUUCGUGAGUUCUUUGGCAUCACAGGUCAUCAGGACAGUCACCCGGAUCCCCUCUUUGACCAAGGAUGGAUUAGGCUGCCUGACAGUGCUCCUGCAGAGACAGAAGCCGGACUGCCUGGGGAAAAAGCCGUUACCUCAUUUGUGUAAGGUUCCUGAUCUUAUUACGAUACUUCACGGGAUUUCUCAGACUCACGACAUCAGUCCUCUUCUGCGUUACCUGCUUCCCCAUCUGGUCAUCUCCAUCAUUCAUCAUGUCACAGGAGAAGAAGCUGAAGGGGUGGAUGGUCCAAUCUACAAGAGACUCUUGGAAGCUAUACUUACAAAGAUCUCUCUGAAGAAUGACUUAGACCACCUGUUGGCUAGCCUUCUUUUUGAAGAGUAUGUGUCGUACUGUUCCCAGGAAGGAAUUGGGCCUGGCGAAGUGUCUCUGCUUAACGAGCAGUUUCUCCCACUCGUCAGACUUCUGGAAAGCAAGUACCCCAGGACAUUGGACGUUGUGUUAGAGGAACACCUGAAGGAGGUGACCGAUCUUAAAAAACAAGAGCUCUUCCAUCAGUUCAUCUCCCUGUCCAUGGGGGGAGGGAAGUACCAGUUUUUAGCCGAUUCUGACACCUCCUUGAUGCUUAGCCUGAACCAUCCACUUGCUCCCGUGAGACUUCUGGCUGUGAAUCACCUGAAAAGUGUCAUGAAGACAUCAGAGGAGAGUAUUGAUGAGUCUUUUAUAAAAGAAGCUAUUCUGGCCCGAUUGGCUGAUGAUAACAUUGAUGUUGUUUUAUCAGCUGUCAGUGCUUUCGAGAUGUUCAAACAGCACUUUAGCUCCGAAGUGACUGUUUCCAGUCUUCUCCGUCUCUUCCAGAGAGCAGAACUCUCCAAGAUUAGAGACUGGUACACGGUGCUGGAGGUAGCAGCGGGUGUGCUGAUUAGAGAGGAAGUGCUGGGUGGGAGCCACCAGCUGUCCACUCAGGUGGCUGUGCGCCUGCUGCCAUUCAUGGUCAUCAGUAGCAGCGACGUGGAGUCUGCCGAAGUGCAAAUGGCCGUGCAUUUAUCAAAAUCAGGACUCUGCUCUCUGCACCCUUUAUUCAGAGGUUGGGAAGAAGCUCUUGGAAGUGUGAUUAAAAGCACAGCGUCAGGACAGCUGAUUGGUGCAGCAAAUCAGAAGAUGACUCAGGUGCUGGCUGACAAUAUAACGUCAGGAGACCGGCCUUCGAUGCUCCGGCUGGUGGAGGAUUUAAUAAGCGUUGGUGAAAAGGAGUCCUUUAGCCUGAAGCAGAAAGUGACGUCUCAUGUGAUCCUGUCUGUGCUCGUCUCUUGCUGUUCAUCCUUAGAAGAAACUCACUUUCCAUUUGCGAGGAGAGUCUUCGGUUUGUUGCAGAGCAGAGUACGGAAGCUCGAGAGGACCAUCACGGCGGUGGAAAUCCCCGCAGAAUGGCACCUUGAGCUGAUGAAGGACAGCACCUUGCCAGUGGAGCUGUGGGCACAUUACGUGGAGCAGCUCGGCAGGGCCCAAAGGGUCGCGGUGGAGGACUCCGUUUUACUCGUGUUCUCCUUGAAAAGUUUUAUUUAUGCGCUAAAGGCCCCUGCGUCUUUUCCUAAAGAUGCCGUGUGGUGGAAUCCUGAACGACUGCGAGAGGACAGCAGAGAGUACCUGUGCCUGCUCGUCCGGCUCUUCGAGCUGAUUCUCGGUGGCACUGGCGCCGUUCACUUCAGGGUCCUGAUGCGACUUUUCCGACAGGUACAUCUAGAUGGUGUAUUUCAGUUAUUCAAGUUCUUUUCUGUUUUAUGGACCUAUGGCUCCAGCCUUUCAAACCCUCUCAACUGCAGUGUGAACACGGCCCUGCAGACGCAGGCCCUGUACGCGGGCUGUGCCGUGCUCUCCACUCAGCAGACACAGUGCAGACGCCAGCUGGCAUCCCCGUCUUCUCCAGUGGUGCCCUCUCUACUCGUUAACCUGGGAAACCCCACGAAGGAGGUCCGUAGGGCUGCUGUGCACUGUCUCCAGGCCCUCGGUGGGGUGCCGUCCCCCUUUCAUCCCGUGGUAGAUCAUGUAGCUCCUAAGGCAGAGGAAAUCACCUCAGACGCCACCUACGUUGUUCAGGAUUUGGCUACUUUAUUUGAGGAACUGAGAAGAGAAAAGAGACUAAAGUCUUACCAGAAGUUGUCUGAGACGUUGAAAACCCUCCUUCACUGUGUGUAUAGUUGUCCGUCUUACGUUGCCAAAGAUUUGAUGAAAGUGCUUCAGGGAGUCAGCAGUGAGAUGGUGCUUUCUCAGCUGUUGCCUAUGCUUGAACAACUGCUAGAAAAGAUCCAGAAGGAACCCACCGUGGUCCUGAAAGAUGAGGCCGUGGUGUUACAUCUCAUUCUGGGGAAGUAUAAUGAGUAUUCAGCUUCCCUUUUACAUAAGGACCCAAAGAGUCUGGAUAUAUUUAUAAAAGCCGUGCACACAACAAAGGAACUUUACACAGAUCUACCAGCUGUGCAGAUCUCGGCCCUUGAAAAGAUCACGAAACCGUUUUUCGCAGCCAUAGCAGAUGGAGAAGUUCAGCAGAAGCUUUUGCACACAUUGUUCGACUUACUGGUGAACUGUGGAAGCUCACAGUGCGCUCAGGCUGUCAGCAGUGUCUUCAAAGGGAUCUCUGUGAAUGCUGAGCAAAUGAGGGUAGAACUGGAGCCACCCGAUAGAGCCAAGUCCUUGGGUACAGUUCAGCAAACAAGAAGGCAGAAGAUGCAGCAGAAGAAAUUACAAGACGUGGAAUGUGAUCAAGAAGCUGGAGGUUCUUACUGGCAAAGGGUAACCCUCAUCCUGGAGUUGCUGCAGCACAAGAAGAAGCUCAAAAGUCCUCAGAUACUGAUGCCGACACUCUUCAACUUGCUGUCAAGGUGUUUGGAGCCCUUGUCACCAGAGCAGGGGAGCACGGAAUACACCAAACAGUUGAUUCUCAGUUGUCUGCACAGCAUCUGCCAGAAACUCUCUCCCGAUGGUGGCAGACUGCCCAGAGAUGUCUUAGAUGAGGAGAAGUUCAACGUGGAGCUGAUAGUUCAGUGCAUCCGCCUUUCAGAGAUGCCACAGACCCAUCACCAUGCCCUUCUACUUCUGGGUGCUGUUGCUGGAAUAUUUCCGGACAAAGUUCUGCACAACAUUAUGUCUAUUUUUACAUUCAUGGGAGCCAAUGUCAUGCGCCUGGAUGAUACUUACAGUUUCCAAGUCAUCAGUAAGACAGUGAAAAUGGUUAUCCCAGCACUUAUUCAGUCUGACCGUGGAGACUCGGUGGAAGUCACCAGGAGUGUUGAAGCCGUCGUGGUGAAAAUCAUCGGCGUGUUCGUGGAUGCUCUGCCUCACGUUCCAGAGCACAGGCGCCUGCCGAUCCUCGUUCAGCUUGUCGAGACCCUAGGUGCAGAAAAGUUCCUCUGGAUUCUGCUCGUCCUACUUUUUGAACAGUAUGUCACUAAGACAGCGCUGGCGGCUGCCUGUGGAGAAAAGGAUGCUAUUUUAGAGGCAGACACUGAGUUUUGGAUCUCCGUCUGCUGUGAAUUUAGUGUCCAGCAUCAGACGCGCAGUUUGAUGAACAUCCUCCAGUACUUAAUGAAGCUGCCAGAGGAGAAAGACGAACCCGUUCCCAGAGCAGCACCCAGUAAGGCUGAGUCUCAGGAAGAGCCCCUGCAGGUCUUCAGUGUUGACACGCACACCAGCAAGCAGCUGCGGCAUUUUAAGUUUUUGUCAGUGUCCUUCAUGUCACAGCUCCUGGCUUCUAAGAGUUUUCUUAAAAAGGUCGUGGAGAGUGGCGGUCCUCAGACGUUCAAAGGCCUUGAGCAGAGGCUGCUGGAAGUGGUGCUCAGCUACAUCGUCGCUGUGGCGCAGUCCAUGGACAAGAAUGCAGACGCGCUGAGCGUGAAGUUCUGGCGGGCGCUGCUCAGCAAAGCCUAUGACGUGCUUGAUAAGGUCAAUGCCUUGCUGCCCAUAGAAACAUUCAUCCCUGUGAUUCGAGGGCUGGUGAGCAAUCCUCUACCCUCUGUUCGCCGAAAAGCAUUGGACCUUUUGAAUAACAAGCUCCAGCAGAACAUCGGCUGGAAGAGGAGAACAGUUCACCGUUUCCUAAAACUAGUUCCAGUCCUGUUGGCCAUUGUGCAGCCAAAGAAAAAGGAGGUGGAAGAACAAGCAGUAAACAGGCAGACAGCUUUGUAUACACUGAAGCUUUUAUGCAAGAAUUUUGGUGCAGAGAACCCAGAGCCUUUUGUCCCAGUGCUGGCCGCUGCAGUGGCACUGAUUGCUCCAGAAAGAAAGGAAGAGAAGAACGUGCUGGGGAGCGCCCUGCUGUGCAUAGCGGAGUCGGCUUCCACCCUGGACGCGCUGGCCAUCCCACAGCUUCCCAGCCUGAUGCCAUCGUUGCUGACAACGAUGAAGAACAGCCGUGAGCUGGUCUCCAGCGAGGUCUACCUGCUCAGCGCCUUGGCUGCCCUGCAGAAGGUGGUGGAGACUCUGCCGCACUUCCUCAGCCCCUACCUGGAGGGCGUUCUGUGCCAGGUGAUACACUUGGAGAAAACCACCAGCGAGAUGGGUGCUGCCUCCCAGGCUCACAUCCGUCUCACGUCUCUGAAGAAGACUCUGGCUACCACUCUCGCACCCCGAGUCUUAUUGCCAGCCAUCAACAAAACCUACGAGCAGAUCGAGAAGAGCUGGCAGAGCCACAUGGGUCCAUUCAUGAGCAUCCUGCAGGAGCACAUUGGGGCCAUGAAGAAGGAGGAGCUCACCUCCCAUCAGUCUCUGCUGACCGCAUUCUUCUUGAGGGCCCUGGACUUCCGAGCACAGCACUCCGAGUACGACCUAGAAGAAAUUGGGAAAACAGAAGGUUGUAUCGUGGACUGUCUCGUAGCCAUGGUUGUAAAGCUGUCCGAGGUCACGUUCAGACCCCUGUUCUUCAAGCUCUUCGACUGGGCCAGGACAGAAGACGCCCCAAAGGACAGGCUGUUGACGUUUUACAACCUGACGGAUUGCAUUGCUGACAGACUGAGGGGGCUCUUCACUCUGUUCGCUGGCCACUUAGUAAAGCCCUUUGCAGACACCUUGAAUCAGGUGAACAUCUCCAAAACAGAUGAAGCAUUUUUUGACUCUGAAAAUGACCCUGAAAAGUGCUGCCUGCUCCUGCAGUUCAUUUUGAACUGUUUGUACAAGAUCUUCCUCUUCGACACCCAGCGUUUCCUAAGUAAAGAGCGAGCCGAGGCCUUGAUGACACCGCUGGUGGAUCAGCUGGAGAACAGACUUGGAGGAGAGGUGCGGUUCCAGGAGCGGGUGGCCACGUACCUGGUGCCGUGCAUUGCGCAGUUCUCCGUGGCUGUGGCUGACGACUCCCUCUGGAAACCACUGAACUACCAGGUUCUGCUCAAGACCAGAGACUCCUCGCCCAAGGUUCGCUUUGCUGCUUUGAUUACUGUGUUAGCGCUGGCUGAGAAACUGAAGGAGAAUUACAUCGUCCUACUUCCAGAAUCUAUUCCUUUCUUAGCAGAAUUAAUGGAAGAUGAAUGUGAAGAAGUGGAGCUCCAGUGCCAGAAGACCAUCCAGCAGCUGGAGGGCAUCCUGGGGGAGCCGCUGCAGGGCUACUUCUGACACAGCCCAGAGUGCAGGUCUCCCAUCCAUGGGUUUAUCUUGGGGUGUUCGGAACCAUGUUCCUUUUGGUGCCUUAACACCCACUUGGACUACUUAUAAAACACCCACGUCUGUGCUCCUGCGGAAGCCUCUCCUAUGGUUACAAAGAAUAAAUGUUUUAUACAGA